AAAUGUUCCUGUUUGUCAAUGUAUUAUCUGUUUGAACAAUAUCCAAGAAGAUGAUCAAUUUCUUAAAACAGAAUGUUUACAUUUUUUCCACAAACAUUGUCUGGGACGAUAUAUAACCAGUUCUCAGCGCGGAUAUGAGGAGGACAGGCGUGAAGCUGAGCGACAGAACAAGCACACUACUAUAAUGCAGUUUAUCCUGACCUGUCCAGUCUGCAGGGAGAAUAUAGGGGAAUCCAGGUAUAAUUUGGCGGAGCUUCUGGCAGCAGUUCCUCCAAUACUUGGAGCAGAAGAACUAAAAAUAAGUAUAGGUGAAGAGGUGAAGGAGCUGCAGAGACAGAUGGCUGACCUCUUCCUCAAGCAGAAGGAGAAGGGCGGGAUUAUUGACCUGGAGGAGGAGGGCAGGAAGUAUCUUGUGUUGACUGGUUCAACAGAAUCCGGGGAGAUGGGUCAACUCAGUCCAACAGAUUUCUCAGAUGAGAGAUUGCCUGGAAUAAACUCGCAGCGAAGUACUCCCACCCUUUCUCCCCAGGAUUCGCCAGGACACAGUUAUGCCUACAACAAGUUUGACAAGGGACGGGGAGGGCGUGGCCAGGGUUGGAGGGGUAGAGGAGGAGGGGGGCGGGGACAUCCUGUAGAAAGAGAAGAGGAGGUUGAAGAGGAGAAUGAUGAAGAGGAGGAGGUUGAGGAGGAACGAAGAGAAAGAAACUCGUAUCGUAAAAAUCAUUUCUUGAACAGAGGUAAAUCACACAAUCAACAACGAAAAACAAAAGGAAGAGGUGGUGGCGAAGAGGGAAGGGGGAGAGGUGAAGAUGGGAGGGGAAGAGUUGAGACGGGUUCAGGAAGAGAUAGUGGGAGGGCAAGAGUGGAAGACGGAGGGCAGCGAGGUAAUGAUAGAAGAAAAGGAGAAGAUGCACAGAAACCUGGAUCUGGACGUGGAGGAAGGGGAGAACGACAAGAAAAGCUGCAGCACUUAUGAUAUUUAGCCUUUGUUCUUAAAUUUCUGCCUCCAUAGCAAAGGGCUUCACAUUUUAUUUGUCAGAAUCAAAUUUUAAAAUUAAAAUGUUCUAUGUAUGUAUUUAAACGUUUAACUCCAUUUACUGAUAUUUUAACGAGUUGCUUUGCUAAUAUGGCAUUAAGCUAUUACAUUUCUGCAACAACUUGAAUGUUCUUUCUUUAAGCAUGUUGUAAAAUUUCAAUUAAUUAUUUAUGAUGCUUUGUUUUUGUCAGGCAACUUUUAUGGCUGAAUUGCUCAUAAUGUUUGUAGAGGUUUAUUUCCAAACUAGUUCCACCCAUGGAUAUUGGGGUCUAAAGAAAAGAAAAUUAUUAAAGGCUAGAAAUAAAAAAGAAAUAGAAAGCCUACUAAGGGAAUUUUAAAUAUCAAAAGAACAUAAUAAAAACUUUCCCAAGAGUUCUUUUUUUAUAGAUUUUUCGCCAUUGUCAUAUUUCUUUAUUUUCACUAGUAUACACCGGGACCCCCCUGCAUUUUGACCUAAUGUUAUAUGUUUGAAUCUGGUCCAUUUUGUUGUAAAGAUUAGAUGUAUGUAACUCUGGUGUAAAUUAAUAUCAAUUUAAUUGUUAUUUAUUGUCCCAUGCUUUGCUUUGCUUAGAUUAGUCCUGUAUCUUGUGAACUGAGAAUUCAAACUCAACUUAUCUAGUCAAUUCCAGA